AUGAGAGGGGUGCCGUUCCGUGCUAUCGAAGCGGAUAUCUAUGACUUCUUCAAUCCUAUCCGUCCAGCGCACGUUGAAAUAAUUCAUGAAGCAAGUGGACGUCCGUCUGGAGAAGCUCGUGUUGAAUUUUCGAGUCGAAAGGACUAUGAUGACGCUUUGUUAAAGGACAAGCAAUACAUGGGACCGCGCUACGUGGAGCUCUUUCCCGAUUUCGGAAGGUAUUGAAA